GAAGCGGCCCAGAGAUCCCAACAUGGCGGCCGCCCGGUGCCUGCGCUGGGGCCUGAACCGAGCCGGAGCCUGGCUGCUGCCGUCGCCCACGCGCUAUCCCCGCCGCGCUCUGCACAAACAGGUAGAGGGCACCGAAUUCCAGAGCAUCUACAGCCUGGACAAGCUCUACCCCGAGUCGCGGGGCUCGGACACCGCCUGGAGGCUCCCGGAUGAUGCCAAGCAAGCCAACGACAUUCCUGUAGAUCGCUUGACAAUAUCUUAUUGUCGGAGUAGUGGUCCUGGGGGCCAGAACGUUAACAAAGUGAAUUCCAAGGCCGAGGUCAGGUUCCACCUGGCAAGUGCCGACUGGAUCGCGGAGCCUGUGCGGCUGAAGUUGGCCGUCAAGCACAAAAAUAGGAUCAACAGGUCGGGAGAGUUGAUACUCACCUCUGAGUGUAGCCGCUAUCAGUUCCGAAACCUGGCAGAUUGCCUACAGAAACUUCGAGACAUGAUUGCUGAGGCCAGCCAGCCAGCCAAGGAGCCGUCCAGAGAAGAUGCUGAACUUCGCAGAAGCAGGAUAGAAAACAUGAAUCGGGAAAGGCUGAGAAAAAAGAGAAUCAGUUCUGCCAUUAAGACAAGCAGGAGGGUGGAUGUGGACUGAGUCAUCCUCCCGACGGGCAAAGACCCUCUUCAGGGCAUCUGGGCAGCUGCCGCCCACGGAGCUUCAGCACCAUCAGGAGACGUGUUUGUUUGUUGUCAGUGCUUGUCUGUAACGGGGGAGUUGACGCAAGAAUGUUCAUCCGGAAUGAGAACCGUGGGCCCUGUUUGCAGAGGUCUUGACAGGCAGUCACCAUGUUGUCGAAGCUUAAUGAUCCACUUAAUGUACUAGUCGCAAUAAAAUUCUCAACUCAG